CAGGUGAACGAGAUAUCCACAGUUGAGCUACGUGUGAACAUGCACUGCGAGGGCUGUGCGCAACAGUUGAGGCGAAAGAUACUAAAGAUGAGAGGGGUGCAAACUGCUGAGACUGAGCUGCGAACUAAGAAGGUGACGGUGACCGGAACCAUGAAUGGAGAAAAGCUCGUGGAGUACAUCUACCGAAGAACAGGGAAACUUGCAAAGAUUGUCCCUCAGCCACCAAAAGAAGAAGAGAAGAAAGAGGAAGCAGGGAAGAAAGCCGAGGAGAAACCUCCUGAGAAGAAGGAAGAGGAGAAAGCAGAGGAGAAGAAGGAAGAAGAAAAAGCGCCGCAACAAGAAAAUGCAGAGGGUAACAGCAAUGGUGGUGGCAACGAAGAGAAGGGAGGUGGUGAGGAGCAAAAGAAGGAAGGAGAAGGACAAACUAAUGUGGACAUUCCUAACGAGGGAGGCAUGGUGAAGAGGAUGGUAUACUGGAAUGGUAGCAUCAUCAGCGAAGAAGAGAUGGAGAAUAGAAUGACGAUGCAUUGGAUGCCCGUCUACGUGAUUGAUCGGCCGCCGCCACCACCCCAAAUAUUUAGUGAUGAGAAUCCAAAUGCCUGUUGCAUCUCAUAAAAUGUUGAACAAUAAAAUAUAUAUUAUUAGUAAAGUUUUUGAUUGAAAUAUUAUCAGUAAA